GUGUGACAUUUUUUAAUGUUUCUCAUGCAGCAGAUCUAGCGUAGCGCAUGCAUGCUUAUUUGAAGAAGGGCAUUGGCCGCAGAGCUACCUAGCUACUCGAGUCACUUGAAAGGGGAUGGUACGGGGUGGCGGCAAGCUACUAAACUGGAUAUUUUGUGCCGAUCUGGAAGGAAGAUCAGCCAACAUUGUGGUAGCUCUGGUGUGCACUACUGAGGACCUUUGAGGGGUCGUUGGUGUUGACUGCUUGAAGAUGGCAGUGGUACAGAACGGCACCAUGGAGCUGAGCGAACAGGACAUCCACAGCAUGCAGCAUAACAUGGCCCUGGGCACGCUCCUGACCCGCUUCUACGGCCGCAAGCGACCAGAGCGCAAGUCCUUCGAGGUCAACAUGGAGACUAGACAGGUCGUAUGGAGGAGGCAAGGAGGACGAACUGAGGGAGCAAUCAACAUCAGAGAAAUCAAAGAGAUCAGACCAGGCAAGAAUUCUAAAGAUUUUGAGAAGUGGCCUGAGGAACAUCGCAGACAUCCCAACAACAUUUGCUUCGUGGUCUUCUAUGGCACCGAGUUCAGGCUAAAGACACUUUCUGUAGCUGCUGUGAAUGCUGAUGAGUAUCACCUGUGGAUAACAGGACUCAAAUGGCUUGCAGAAGACACAGAGAAAGCCAGCUAUCCAUUACAAGUCAAGAGGUGGCUACGAAGGGAAUUCUACGCCAUGGGAAAGAACAAAACAGAUACGGUUUCAUUGCGAGAUAUGAAGUCUUUCCUACCAAGGAUCAACCUAAAGAUGAACACAAAAGAACUCAGAGAAGUCUUCAAUGAGGCAGACCGAUGGGGUCGGCAGGAAAUACCGUUUGAUGGUCUCCUUCAACUCUACAACAACCUAGUAUUCCAACAAGAGGUAGCAGACAGGUUACGUGAAUACUACAAUGAUAUGAAUAGAGUCACUCUCAAUGACUACAUCAGGUUUUUAGCACAAGAACAGAAGGACCCAGUAGCCAACAAUCCACAUGAAGUAAAACAGUACAUCCGGAAGUAUUUUGCUGAUUCUGGCAAAGCUGCAAUGGAAAGCGAUAGUGACCUCUCUUUCACGGUGCAAGAGUUUGUAGAUUACCUUUACUCCAAGGACAAUGAGAUUUGGAAUCGUUUCUAUGACAACAUAACAGAUGACAUGGAGAGACCUCUCUGUGACUAUUGGAUCGCAUCGUCUCACAAUACGUAUUUGACUGGAGACCAGGUAUCCAGUGAAUCAUCAGUGGAAGCCUAUGCAAGGUGCCUCAGAAUGGGAUGCAGAUGUCUAGAAUUGGACUGUUGGGAUGGACCAGACGGUCUACCAAUCAUCUACCAUGGUCACACCUUGACCACCAAGAUCAGGUUCUAUGAUGUACUCAAGACAAUCAAAGAACAUGCUUGGAUCACCACAGACUUUCCCAUUAUCUUAUCCAUUGAGAAUCAUUGCUCACUACUACAGCAGAGAAACAUGGCCUGCCUCUUCCAAGAAGUCUUUGGUGACACCUUACUCACACAGCCCAUUGACAGGGAUGCAGCCAGCCUUCCUGCUGUCAGCAAGCUCAAGAGGAAGAUCAUCUUGAAACACAAGAAGCUUCCUGAUAAUGGAAACGAGACAUUCACAGUUCCCACAGAAGACAGUCUAGACUUUGACUUGAGAAAUUCAACCAAAAAUGGCAUUCUCCUUCUUGAAGAUCCACUAGAUCAAGAAUGGGCUCCUCAUUACUUUGUGCUGACUGACACCAAGCUGUACUACUCUGAGGAGACUAACACGCAGGCUAACCAAGACGAUGAUGAUGAUGCUAGCUCCAUAGAACCGGUCACGCCCAACGAAGAGCUUCAUUACUCGGAGCCCUGGUUUCACGGAAAACUGAACACGAACGCCGACCAGCUACCUCGCAUGGUCGCGGAAGAACUCCUCACACGUUAUCAGCAAGGCGAUGGCACUUUCCUCGUUCGUGAAAGCGAGACGUUCAAAGGAGACUACUCCCUCUCUUUCUGGGCUAACAAUCGCGUCAAUCACUGCCGUAUUCGCUCCAAGUCCGUCCACGGCAAAACUUGCUAUUACCUGGUCGAAAACCUUCCGUUCCCGAACCUCUAUACCCUCGUAAACGUCUACCGUGAACGCUCGAUCAAGGGCGGGAACGGCAUCACGGUGAAGUUAAAGGAAACGGUGCCCCAGCUGUAUGGCCACGAGAAUGCAGAAUGGUUCCAUAGUCAACUGAGCAGACACGAGGCGGAGGACAUGUUGAAGAGAGUCCGUCAGGAUGGUGCUUUCCUCGUCAGGAAGAGCGAGAGAGAAAGUGAUGCCUUCGCCAUCUCAUUCAGAGCUGAUGGCAAGAUCAAGCAUUGUCGUAUCAAGCAGGAAGGUCGACUCUUUACGAUCGGCAGCGCCCAGUUUGAGAGCCUGGCGGAGCUCUGCAGCUAUUAUCACAAGUACCCCCUCUAUAGGAAGAUGAAGUUAAAGGCUCCCGUCAACCAAGAGGUGGUAGAUAGAGUAGGAGGGGAUUUGGAUCCAGAAGAUGAUCCUAUCUACGGCAGUGGAGGAAUCUACAUGGAUCCCAACCAGUUUGUACCAAAGGUGACUGUGAAAGCAUUAUACGACUACAAGGCCCAGCGAGAGGAUGAACUGUCCUUCUGCAAGCAUGCUAUCAUUACCAAUGUAGAUAAGCAAGACCAUGGAUGGUGGAAAGGAGACUAUGGGGGGAAGAAGAACAUGUGGUUUCCUUCAAAUUAUGUUGAGGAGGUCACGACCCCUGCAAACAACGAUCAGGGACAGAAUGCGACCCUGCUAGGGAACCUGCAGAAAGGUGCUGUUGAUAUCACUGGAUGCAGUGUUGAAAUGAUGCUCGGAGUGAGAUCAAGACAGCAUUUCGUCUUUAGAAUAAUCUCACCGGGGCAGCGCAAUGCCAUGGAUGUAGCAGCCAGCGAUCUAGGAGAGCUAGAGAAUUGGAUGAAGUGCAUACAGGAAGCUUCAGUCCAAGCAAAAGUUAGGAGCAAAGAAAGCGCAAUUCAUGAGCGUAGGCUUCGCAUCGCAAGGGAAUUCUCCAGGCUCAUCGUCUACUGCAGAUCAGUUCCUUUCUCAGAAGAGAGAAUUCCAGGCAAAUACUUUGAGAUGUCGUCCUUUCCUGAAACCAAAGUAGAGCGUUACAUGUGCGCCGGCAAAUCAAAGGUCCUCCUGGACUACAACAGGAAACAGGUCAGCAGGACGUACCCCAAAGGUCAACGUAUUGACUCGUCCAACUAUGACCCCAUCCCAAUCUGGUUUUGCGGCUGUCAGAUGGUUUCCCUCAACUACCAGACACCAGAUCGUCACAUGCAGGUGAAUGAGGGCAUGUUUCAACUCAACGGCAGGUGUGGCUAUGUACUCAAACCUGAGUGCAUGUUUGACAAGAACUUUGAUUCCUUCGACAAACGAACGCUAGUCGAUGUUGAUCCCAUCCAUCUGACCAUCACAAUCAUAGCAGCUCGUCAUCUACAGAAGACAGGACGUGGUAUAGCCAGUCCAUUUGUUGAGGUGGAGAUUCUUGGAUCAGACUACGACAGUGGGAACAAAUACAAGACCAGCACCAAAGCGGAUAAUGGUUUCAACCCAGUCUUCAAUGAGGUGUGUGAGUUUGAUGUGACCAACCCAGAUCUGGCUAUGCUAAGGUUUGUCAUCCAGGAUGAAGAUGUCUUUGGUGAACCAAACUUUCUGGGCCAGGCAACCUACCCUCUCAAAGCUAUCAGAACAGGAUAUCGCUCUGUUCAGCUGAAGAAUGGUAACUCUGAAGAGCUGGAGCUAGCCACUCUCUUGGUUCAUGUGGAGAGGAGAGUCAUUGGGGAGUGCGAUGACAGCGACCUCUACGCAUCCAUCCAGAUGUUGAGGGAGCGCACACAGGAGCUGACAGCAGUGGUUAACACCAUGGACAGACCUGAGAUUGACGUCAGUGCAGCAGCAGGGGGCGGAUCUGAUUCAGAUGCUUGCCGCCUGAAGACGGCAGAGCUCAACAAAUGUCAAGAAGCCCUCUUCCAUCUCCAGGAGCAGAGGAAGCAACGAGUGGAGAAGAGGAGGCUAAAGAAAACGGCCAGCAACAGCCAGAGUCGACUUCCGAGACCCUAAGAUGCAGUCUUCAAGCAACAUCAUCAUCAUCAUCAUCACAAACUGUUGAGCAUGAACCCUUGAACUUAAACUCUCCAGAGUGCUCAUCUAAUUUGGAAAGCGAUGAAGUGAUGGCAGAUUUCUGUAUUGGCACUGUACUUAAAUUACCAUCUUGGAGCUCUCGGCCUUCCGGCAGAUCGUAAUCGGGCCAGACGAGAUGCGAUCAGUGGAAAAAUGCAAAUCUUGAUUGAAUCCACCUUUUCAUGUGGAUAGGUUGCAGAGCAUCAAGGGACUGUAAUCUACACAUACAUGUAGUUAUCAUCACAUAUAUCAAUGAUAUUUGGAGUGGGGGAGAUGAAGUGAAGAAAUGUGAUCACAAAGAUGCAACGUUUAAGCUCUAACAUGCAUUGAAACCAUUGAAGAUUUGUUUUAUUUUCCUAUUAUAUGCGCCAUCUUCAAUGGGAUUGACUCUAGAGUAUAUUUGGACUUGGUCAUUCACCAAGUAAUAGCCUCAUGUUGCGUGCAGAGGAAAUGAUAUUACAUGUGGGCCUGACUGUGUGGUGUUUGGUCUCAACUACGAGCGCCCAGCAGAGGCGGAUGGAUACCUACGCUGUACAAGAAGCCAUCAUCAUGUGGAGUGGAUUGUACGGCUAUGGACCAUGCCUCUCUAUUAAUUGCGUUCUCAUGUAAACAGUCCUUGGUCACCACCCAUCUAUCUGCUGAUACACUGUAGCCGAGGCUGUGGCUUGAAAGACUCUUUAUUGUGUAUGGUGAGCUGAAGACACGUAUUGACACCGAGCAGUCCGAUGUCUCACCUGCAUCUCAAAGACAACAUCUCAUCUCCACAGCAACAUAACACAAGAAGAAGAAAGCAGGCAUUAUAUUACAUGUGUCUUUUGAAGAGAUUCCUGUAAGCCAAGGCAAGAGGAAUCUUGAUUAUUUUCCAGCUGUCUGAUCAUGUUGAGAGCCGAUUGUGCAGGACCGACUUUGAUAGGGGGAACAGGCGUAUAUUGCUGUUGGGGGGGGGGGGGGUAGGUGGUCCUCUUGUAUAUGUGUAAACCCAAAAUAGUUCAAGUUCGAGUUUCAGUAUCUUUUGUUUUGUUUAUACUUACAAUGAUGCCCCAUUUGUAAAAAUUAUAUGAUCAUGAAAUAUGUAGUACAGUGUAUAUCUUAAUAUUGGACCUAGUGAAAUGUUGCAAAAUGCAUUGAAUUCCCCAUGUGUUUUAAAUUAUGUUGACUUUGGCAGUGCUUACUUUCACUUAUUUGCCAAAAAUGAUUUAUUGUAAUGGGAAGCUAUAGCUGUAUAAAACUAUAACACAAUUGAUUUUUCAAACAAGUUGAAAACGGCACAAAUGGAAUUCACGCUUCACAAUCAUGAAGACAUAAUCCAUCCUUCAAAAGUGAUUUUAAAUUCAUUGUUAAAUAACAACACAUUUUACAUUUCACUUGGCUCUAUAUUCAGGUGUACUGCACAUUUCAUGAAUAAAUAAUUGCAAAUGCAGCAUCAUUGUAAUGUUGAUUAAACAGGCCUUUUUUUAUACCUAAUUUAAUCAUGAUAAUUCAUCAUUCAGCAGUGUAGUUACAAAUCCCCAGCAAGUUUUCAAAACAUUAAAAUUCUAUGUUCAUUGGAAGAAAGUUUAGGAACUACAAUUGUUAUAACCCUACUUAUUUCUUGGACCUGUGAGAAUAAGGAAAGACUUAUUCAUGUCUUCUGUGUCAUCAACAUUAUGUAUGCUUUAGUAGAAAGAAGAUUCCAGAUUUCAUUAUGCUUCCUGAUUUGAAUGUACAGCUCUGAAAUCUGUAUCAGAUUUUCUAAGGCUCUAAUGACAGUAAAAAAGAGACAGUAAACUGCAUGAAUAUUGCAGAUAAAUUCAGUAAUCUGGGGCUUAUUCAUAAAAGCUUACUAAGUCUACUUGUUUAACUAUGUUAUUAGUUGACAACUAGCUAGCUUAGUAGGGUUUUGUGAAUAUGUCAGGUAUAAGCCAGAGAGGAAAACAAACUAUUUAAACUGGAUCAUGUUCGCACUAGCUAGAUAGGGGUUGGAUGUACAGUAUUCAUAUAUUUUGUAUCAUGUUAAUUAAUCUCAUGUUCGUAUCAUUGUGUGUAAUUACAAUAUUUAAACAAAAUGACUACUGUGCUAGGCACUCAAUUCCUAUAAAUAUCAAGACAAAUUUUAUUACCAUGACAGCAUUUCGUUGCAAGUCCAAGACAUUUAAAGUACAUUGACAUAAACCCAAAUUUUGUGACCAAAGUCAUCACUAACCAAAUAUGUAUAUGUCUACAUGUAUCUACUUACUACCUUUAUGUUAUUACUGUAUUUGUUUAAUAUACACAAAAACUAUGUGUAUAACUUUCAUUUUGAAAAUUACUUUGUAAAAUAGACCUCUUUAAAAUCAAUUUACAAAAUAUUUUUUUAUUACGAGAAUAAUUCCCCUUUUUUAUUUCUGAUUUUCUUACAUGGUAUUUGUGUUGCGAUUGAGAAAUAAUAAAUAUAUGCCGCUGAAAAUAUGA